UUAAUUUAUAAUAUUUGUGAAAGAUUUAGAAAUGGAAGACAAGUUCAAAAUUAGAGAAGAGCUCAUGGGAGAAUUCCAGAGUUUUAAGAAGCCAUUAACACAUGCUCAACCUACUUCUCAUCAUUAUGACAAGAAGAUGAAGCAUCCAGUCGAAGCUGCUCAUGAAAAUAUCAUGAUGAAGAAGGAACAAAAGAAACUCAAAGAGAUUUCUGUACUUUAUGGAACUCACAUGGCUAUGCGCAUGGCAACAGAAAGAGCUAUCAUAGGCCAAGGAGGUAGACUUGUUGGAAAAAAAUCAAACCAUGCUCUCCAAAUGCACAUGGGACUUUACGAUGAAUUUACCCCACAAGAUUUCUUAAAUGACCCUUACAUGACUCCAGAGCUACCAAAGGCAGAUCCAAGAAUGGGACUUGAGAAGAAAUUUGGUGUUAUGUAGAAGAUAAUCGUCAUAAAAUUCUUUAAGCACCCUUUAGUAAGCUUUC